CGCGCGUCCGCCGGCCUUGCAGGCGGGGCGGAGAAAAUGGCGCUGCCCCCGGCCGCCGCGCCCCCCGCCGGGGCCCGGGAGCCGCCGGGGUCCCGCGCCGCCGCCGCUGCCGCCGCCCCCGAGCCGCCGCUCGGCCUGCAGCAGCUGUCGGCGCUGCAGCCUGAGCCGGGCGGGGUCCCGCUGCACUCGUCCUGGACCUUCUGGCUCGACAGAUCCCUCCCUGGUGCCACAGCAGCUGAGUGCGCAUCAAAUCUGAAGAAAAUCUACACAGUACAGACAGUACAGAUAUUUUGGAGUGUAUACAAUAAUAUCCCUCCUGUGACUAGCCUGCCUUUGAGAUGUAGUUAUCAUUUAAUGAGAGGAGAGAGGCGACCACUUUGGGAAGAGGAGAGUAAUGCAAAGGGUGGCGUAUGGAAGAUGAAAGUCCCCAAGGACAGCACGUCCACAGUUUGGAAAGAGUUGCUGUUAGCAACCAUCGGGGAACAGUUCACAGACUGUGCCGCAGCAGAUGAUGAAGUAAUAGGAGUUAGUGUCAGUGUUCGGGACCGAGAAGACGUCGUCCAAGUCUGGAAUGUAAAUGCCUCUUUAGUGGGUGAAGCGACUGUUUUAGAAAAGAUCUAUGAACUUCUGCCCCACAUAACUUUUAAAGCAGUAUUUUAUAAACCCCAUGAAGAGCAUCAUGCUUUUGAAGGUGGACGUGGAAAACACUAAUUGCACUCUGUAAAGAAUUCUUUGUCCUUUGCUGAUUGGUUUUGGAAACGGUCUUAACAGGAGGGAGAGUGAAGAGAAGACUUGCCGAAGCCGAUGCUGGUCAAUUUAGAGUGGGUUUCUGUCCUUGCAGAUGGGCAAUUAGGACUCAAAGUGGCAGGUGGGGUGGGGGGAGAUUGUGUGGGUUUCUACCGUCACAUUACUUGCUUUUUAAAAAAAACACACACAAAAAACUUUUUUUUUGGCUUUCUAAAUUCUCUGUUCUUUUCACUCUGAUUUUUUUUUUUUUUUUGCCGUUUAAAAUUCCUUAUUCAGCCUAAUUAUUGUUUUCUACACUCCCCUUUCAUUGAGGCACAAGAAAUGGGUUUCCCUCUAAGUAGCUCUGCUGUACCUAGUUAAUGAGAAUGUGCAUAAUCGUGACAAUACUGCUUUUGAAUACCACACUGUACAAGGAGGAACACUAGCUUGGAGAAAUCUGUCUUCUGAUUAUUUGUUGUGACACAUUCCUAUGUACUGUGAGCUGGGCAUUGUUUUUUUCUGUCCCAGGGAAAAGAAAAACCAUACUUAAUGUGAUUUUGCACUGACAGCACACAAAUCUUCAAUUUUCCUUUUUAAAACUUUUUUUUUUAGUGAUAAAAGGAAAAUAAUAGUUGGAUUGCAUAACAUGAAAACUAUAAUCACAAUUCAGUAUCAGGAUAUAAAUCAAGCUCUAAGUCUUUGGACCCUCUGUGGAAACAUUUCUAACCCGAAUUUUAAUUUGGCCUUUUCAACCAAAGGCUUAGAGUGGUAGCAAGGGAUUUCUUCCAAUAGGAAACCUGAUGUUUCUGAUUUAAAGAGAAGGUGAUAUUUUAAUUGUUUGAAUUAAGCUCCUUGCAAAGUUCGGGUGUGUUUACCCACUUAGGGCUUUCUUUCCCAGUCAACGCUAACACAUUUUGUUAAAUGAUCCCUUUCCCUGCUCACAUUGUGUGUCAUUUCUCAUCAUCAGUAGUCCUCCAGCCUGGGCAGCUGUCCCCACCCUUUUUCAUGUAGGUGCAGGAAGUUAAAUCUCAUUUCCAGGAUGCAUGUGAACAUUUACAAAGUUGAACUUUGAGUGCAUUCUGCUCAUAUUAAUUAUUGGGAUUGUUGAUAUAUAUUGUAUUAUGCUACCAAAGAAAUAUUGGUUUUAUUAGAAGGAAAUGGUCAUCCUCUGGACCGUGGAGACUUGCUCAGAAUACGCUGAUUUCCCUCUCCUGACUUUGCCAAGCCUUUGGCUGCUUUUGCCUGAUAAAGGGCAGGGCCAUCUGAAGACACUUCCCCCAGUCGGCUUUGGAGUCACGGGAGCUAGUGCCUGCUCACACAUUUUUCAAAAGGGCAGUGCACUCAGAACUUCACUGUACCUGGGAUUUUUAAUUCCUCUUGCAGUGUUGACCAGCAGAGAGACUCGAGGCUACUUUAAGCCUCCACUAUGUGUUUGUAGAUAAAAUUCUCCAUUCAAACAUUUUAAAGGACUUUGAACAUUAUCUGCUUAUGGAAGUUGUGCCCUUCACUUGGUUAGUAACCACCUCAGCCAUAAUACUUACCAUCAUAGGUUUUUAAAAAUGCUUUUUUUUCUAAACUUGAGUUUCCUUAGUUAUUUCAAAAUGAAGUAUAAGAAUAUCAGAUCCAAUUAGCUAAAGCCUAGGACUUGUUUCUCCAAAUAUUGUACUAUCAUUCAACUUGUUUUAAAAUUAUGACUCAAGAAUUUUAAAAAAUUAUUCUGGACAUGAAUUAAAACUUUUUUAUAAUAUAAGUAUUUUUCUGAUUGAAAAAAGGAUAUAAUUGACUUCACUAUAAUUGUCAUGUAUAUUUCCAUAAGUAAAUGGAUUUUGAAGUA